AUGUCGUUGUGCUUCCUAGAAGGCCCCGAAGGUGGGAUUGGCAUUGCUUUUGGCAAGAAACCAAAGAAGUUUGGAGGCAAAGCCUCACCCUUUGGCUGCACUUUGAAAACUUGGAGUGGAAAUGUUACCAUACCAACAAUGAAGAACGAGGGCGGUGUGUGCGGAAACAUGGGGGGAGUAAAUGCAAUGUCAUGUGCUUCAAGAUUUGGCUGUUGGGAAUCUAUCAACUCUCUCUUUCCUCUCGCCAUGACGGACGGCUCUUGGAAUCGGCAGCAGCAGCAGCAGCCGCUCCUCCCUUCUUCCGCAUUGCUCAAACGACCUCGUACUGAAUACGAUAUGUCACCUUCUGGUCUGACUUCAGGAGGUAAUGAUUUGCAUAGUUAUAUUGCUCGGAAUGAUGACCAUACUGGUCAUCGAAUGCUGAAGGACACUAAAACACUUGGAUCUGCUUAUGACCGGUACCUUCAAAAUGCAGGGCUUUCUUCCUUUAAUUCUGGGGAAGCUAGUGCAAUUGGUGGUGGAUUAGCAAGGGGUGUUGGUGGGUUGCCAGGCCAUUCUCUAACUGAUCCUGCUGUUAUGGGUCAUCCUGGUGGUGGUCAUGAUCUUGCACGAAAUGGACGGAAUGUCAAUUAUGGUGGUCAGUUACCAGUAGAUACGACUUCCAUGCCUGGACCUGAGACUGUACCUCUACCACCAGAUGCAUCUAGUACUUUAUAUGUUGAAGGUCUCCCAUCUGACAGCACAAGAAGGGAAGUGGCUCAUAUUUUUCGCCCUUUUGUUGGAUAUAGAGAAGUAAGACUUGUGAGCAAAGAAUCCAAACAUCGUGGAGGAGAUCCUCUAAUCCUUUGUUUUGUGGAUUUUGCAAAUCCGGCUUGUGCAGCAACUGCUCUGAGUGCAUUGCAAGGUUAUAAAGUUGAUGAACUGAAUCCUGAGUCUAGUCACUUGCGGCUUCAGUUUUCUCGGUUUCCUGGUCCCAGAUCCGGACCUGGACCUCGUGGCAAGAGGUGA